CAGGGGCUGAUACUGCCGGUCUCCAUUGCCGAUACGGUACCUGCCUCGGGGAGUAUGGCAGUACCGAUGGGCAGCACGGUGUUCGCAAGGACAAGCAGCGUCACAGUGCAUAUGUGGAUUAUACAUGUCAAGGCGAGGCCUCGCUUCGACUUCCUAGGAUUUGGGCGUCUGGAUGAACGAAUGCUUGCAAAGAAGCAUGGGGGUUUACCGCUUGCGGACUGCCACACAUUCGAUUUCUGUGAAUCUGAUUGCUGCUUGCUUCUUUGCACCUAUGGCCCAGGAGGCUACGUUCAACCUUACUCUGAGGGCCAGUUCGCCAUUGUGGAGGUGGGUCAACGUUAAUGACAAUCCUUCGACUCGUUGGAAGGUGCACUGUCCAAAGCAGACAGCGUCACCCUGGUGUGAUGAACAAUUAGCGUUCUUUACGGGAGAACAAGGAGCAGUAGCUAUGCUGGAGUUUACAGGAAGCGCCAUCACGGUCUACGGUCAUACAUCAAGAGGGAUGGCAUGGGCUGUAGCACUUGACGGCGUUCCUGGUCACUCCCAGCAGAUGGCUCCACACAGCCAGGUCCUUGCAUUAUUCAGUGGUCUGUCCCCUGAUUGUCCCCACUAUCUCUCCAUCUGGACAACGGCAGCUCCGCCGAAGUCAUACAUGAGGCUUGACCGUGCCGAGAUUACCGUUGGUACUGGUACACCCGGGUGAGUGACGGCUUCCGCCAUGGUCGGUUUGAGAGCAGGCUGAAAACUUUUUUUUCCACCCGGCCACCGUCUUAUUUAGGCAUAACACCACGAGCACGUACAUGGACAGUUCAGACACAUCCCUAUCUUGGAAGGAUUUUUCCGUUUAUCCCAACCCCACUCAAAGCCACGUCAUCAAUAGUGCAA